AUGGCUUCUACUUCCACAGAGACCCCUCCGAUACCUACGAAACCCAAGCUCUCCAAGUCCUUACGCCAAUAUCUACAGCUCAACUCCCCCGUUUACCAUGGUGCCGUAGCCUACUCAAAAGCGGCAAAAGAGUAUGCGUAUGACUACAAGGUCGGAAUGCAUGAGUUUGAGUCCGAGACUGUCUUUUCUGAAGUUCGCGCGCUUCACACCAAAUUGUCUGCGAUACUCCAAGAGCAGCUUACCCCACAACAAGAAAAGUCACUCGAGGACUAUAUCUUGAACUGCCUUGUUGGCAUGGUCUAUGGCUCGAACAUGAUUGAGCAUGCUGGUAGUAGCUUCGAUGCCACGCACAACCUCUGUUCGGUAGUCUUUUGCGGCAAGCAAAGUUCAGAGAACAAGCCGGUUAAAUCGAAGAAGGUGUACCUUGACUUGGAAGAGCACCUGUCGCUUAACAAUCUCUCCGAAAGCCCUCUCGAUGUCUUACGCAGUUUUCAUGAAGUCUUUGGACAUGCGAAAGCCGCCUCAUACAUAAUCCACCAACUCUGCAUCUGCGGACAAGAUCUGACCGAAGAGAUCAUCCUCAAGACUCAUGCUGACAUGGUGUAG